AUGGCUCAAACUCAAGGAACUAUCAUUAUUUUGGACAUUGGCCGAAAUGUUUCUGCUCCAGAAGAGAAAAACCAGAAAAGUUUCUUUGUAAGUGCAAGGGAUUGCACUUCCAAGAUAAUAGAGCGUAAAAUUUUGAGUGAGGGUAAAAAUGUUAUUGCAAUAUUUUUGUUGGGAUCAAAGAAAACACUAAAUAAUAUGGCUGAGCAAUAUGAUGGAGCAUUUAAAUACAUUGAAAUGUUAACAGAGUUUCAAACCCCCACCUGGCAGAUGAUAAGGAACUUACCGGAAAAGCCAUCUGAAAAAAAGGGAGACUGGUUUGAUGCUCUUCUAGUUGCAGCAGAUUUCUACAAAAAUGGAGUCAGUGGCAUUAAGUUUUCAAGCAAGAAGAUUAUACUUAUGACCAACUUUAAAAAAAUUCCACAUUUUGAUCGAGACUCUGCAGAAGAGGCCAUCAAAGGGUUCAAAGAAGAAGGUUAUGAAGUAGAUAUAUUAGGACCUGAUAUUUACUCAGAUGAACAUGACAAGGAAUCUAUUCAGUUAGCAAGACAGUUUGUUGAAAGCACAGACGGUGCUACAGCAACAUUUGAACACACAAUGCAAUAUCUGCUUUUUCAUAGAAAAAGGGCAAUCAAAGCAAUGCCAUGGAAUGUUGACCUUAGCAUUGGACCAAAUAUAAAAAUCCCUGUAUCUGCUUACAUCAGGCUUAAAGUUGAACCAGUUGUUAAAAAGUGGGAGAAAGGUGUCAAAGAUCCAAUGGUAAAUACAACUAGCACAUCAGAAGCUUUAGUGAAAAUAAGAGAAUUCAUAAAUCCAGAUAAUCAAAAAGUUGAACACACUGACACAAUUGCUGGUUAUCAUUAUGGUCAGAAAAUUGUUCCUUUCUCAGAAUGUGACAAAGAUAUGCUUUAUAAAUCUGGUGAAAAAUGUCUUUCGCUUUAUGGAUUUACAAAUGCUAACAAUAUUCAAUGGCAAAAUUUAAAUGGAGACGGAUUACAAUAUGUGUUUGGAAGGAAGGGUGAUAAAAAAGCCCAGGAGGCAAUAAAAUGCCUAGUUGUAUGCCUUCAUGAAUUAAAUCUUGUGGGUAUUGUAAGAAAAGUGCAUAACAAUAACAAUGCACCUAAAAUGUUUGCGUUACUGCCAGUCAUUGACACCAAAUUUGUAUGCCUUUCUAUGAUUGCACUGAAUUACAAAGAAGACAUAAAACAAAUGUCAUUCCCUUCAACAAACUUGAAAAAAUAUCAAUGCACUGAUGAGCAAGUCAAUGCUUUUGUAGAUUUGAUUAAAGCUAUGGAUUUAACUAAAGCUUAUGAUGACACAUUUGAUGAUGCAGAAGCGUUCCCUAUUGCGGAGUGUUACAGCCCUUCAGCGCAAUAUGUUCUAGAUUGUAUUGCUUUUAGAGCAAUGAACCCAGAUAAACCUCUACCUAAGCCAAGAAGAGAAAUUAUGGAUUUAUUUGAGAUACCACCUAUGCUGGCCAAAAAUGCAAAGGAACCCAUAAACAAAAUAAAAACACUUUUUACUUUAAAUAAAGUUGAAUCUAAACCAAAGAGCAAUAAGAAUAUAGGCAUGGACAUGGAUCUGCUUCAACCUCUAAUUGACAUGCAAUCAGGUUUAGAUCAGAAUGUGAAAACAAAGGAUGCUGGGGUAUCUGAUAUACCAAAAAUUCGCAUGCCUGCACCUCAAACUCCCAUCACAGUCAAGACUAUAAGUACUGCUGAUCCUGUUGGUAAUUAUAAAGCUCUCAAAAACCAAAAUAAAACUCUGUUAGAACUUGGCCCUGAAAUGACUAAAGUGAUAGAAAACCUAAUUAUUUACAAUAUAGAUGGAAACUACACUAAGGCAGUAGAUGCUAUGAAAUAUUUAAGAAAUGAAUAUGUUCAAGAUGAUCCAACCAAUUACAACAGUUGGUUGCAGAAGUUUAAGUCAGAGUUGCUUGAAAGUGAUAAGAAAAUUUUUCUAAGUUUGAUUAAGGAGAACAAAAUCAGUUUUAUAUUAAAGGAAGAGAAUGAGCUAAGCACCUACGACACUGAAGAUAGCCAUGAAGAAAGUCAGUUGUAUGAAAAUGAUACAUUACCUCAAUCUGCUGAACUCACUAUAGCUUCAGAAGUCCAAAAUAUGUUUGAUGAUUGA